GCCGAGGCCGAGGCCCGCACGAGGCACUGGCUCGGGUGGUUCUCCAACGACCUCGUCCGUGAGCUCCAUCGCGCUGAUCAAGACCUCUUCGAAGCGUUAAUAAAGACGCUUGUUGCACACGGCGCGAACUUGUAUGAGUGGCCUCUCGCAGUAGCGCCUGCCGCAGCAGGCAAUCUCGUAAAAGUGCGGUUUAUCGUCGAGUCCGGGGCGAUGUCGGCUUCCGGGACAGACCAGAGGGUACGAGAACCGGACACUACGACGCCGUGGAUGCUUAGAGCGCUCCACACCGCCUUAUGGAACGGCCAAGUCGAUAUUGUGCGAUAUCUCCUCGAGCAUGGCCCGGACCCGGCAGCCAGGGCAGUCGCCCCGUAUGGCUACGCAGGCUGGACGGCGCUGCACAUCGCCAUGCGAGGACCGGACAAGACGUUGGUCACCAUGGUUGGGCUCAUACUUGAGCAUGCCGGCCGCCGACACAGCUCGGGGACCGUGAGCGACCUCGUCGACUGCAGGACCACGGGCGUUAGGCUUAUGACGCCGCUCGAGUGUCUUCUGUUCCACGGUCGCCACGCUAUACUCCGCCGAAAAGAAGGGUAUGGGCACCCUCACGGAGCCGGGUGUGCUCAGACGGUUCAGUUGCUGCUCGAUAGGAGCAUCGACCUCGCGACGAACAAUCCAAUAGCUCCGUCCCCGGACCAAGAGUGGCAUAGGGUGCUGUAUUGUGCCGCUCACUGCCAGUGCUAUGCCUGCAUAAGGGUCGUGCUCGCCAAGAUGGGCUACGAGCGGGCGGCUGCCAUCAUAGGUGACAAGAACUUGUACAAGCCGGACAAGCCGUGGAGGCUUGCGUUGGGCCAGGCAUGGCAAGACGAAUUUGGCGAUCGGAUCGAGGAACAGCAGCGGCGGCGGCGGUGGAGGCGCCGACAACGACGUAUGGAGAUCGGUGAGGCCGAAGACGUAGACGGCGUGGUAAGGGACAGCAGUUCGGUAGUGGACAGCAGCCUGGCGGCGAGGCUGGCUCUUCUUGACCUCCAAAAUAGAGAGCAUGGGAUGGUGUGAGAGAGAGAGCGUGAGACAGUCGCCCCGGUGCUUCCUUGCUAGAGACUUAUCGACG